UCCAAAAAGUUUGAUUUAAACCCCUUCCUCGUUCUCCUCUCAUAUAAAUUCCUCUCCUCCCCCCUUCCCUCCUCCUUCCCUCUCUCACCACAACACAAUCUGAUCUGCCUCAGUCCUCCGAAUCUCCCCUGCUUUGGCCUCCACGUUUACUUCAUAUCUCUCCUCCAACUUCCUCUGCGCUCGCUCUGUUUCCCGCUCGCUCUCUCCUUUGGUUUUUCCGUCCUCUGUUUGCCAUAGAUUUGAGAUGGGUCGAUGGUAUCCGAUUCUGUUUUUGAUUUGAUCGGAUUAUCACUUUGGUUUUUAAAUCUUUGACCAUAUCUUGAAUCUGGGUUAUUCCCUUUUGUGAUUUUGUUCUUCUUUAUUCGAAUCUUUCUUCUUUAAGGCGUUUGUACGACGUCCCGUCUCAUUUCUUGAUUGCGCAUAAAACUCAAAGGCUCUGCUUUUGAGCUCGAGAGAGCGAGCGGAAAUCUAUCAUUGUGUCUGGAUGGCCACGGCGAGUAACAGUGGCAAAUCCACCGUGGGUGGUGGAGAAAGCCGAGAUUGGGAGAUUGGCAGGGGUAAAGAUGUAGACUUGAGCGGUGAGAGGCGGCAAUGGAAGCCAGUUUUUGAGGAUGCUUCCGUGUCGAACAGGCCUCUGAAGAAAAGCCGAAGCCCCCAACGUGAAAACUCAAACCAAAAUCAAUCCUCCGUUCCCAUUCUACCACAUCCUCCUUCGUCUUCGAGAAUCGUCUUCCCUUUUGCCUUCGAUGGUUCUCAACAGCCUCUGCAAUUUCCCUAUCAACAAUUUGGCUCUCCCAAUUUGCCUGCGUUUCGCCCACAGUUUCUCGGGACGCAAAAUCAGCAGCAGAUGAUUUCUUUUGGGUCUCAACAGCCAAACAUGGGGUACCCACAGUUCUUAGGCCAAGACUCUGGAGUCGCACACCAGCAACAUCAUCAUCAGCAACAGCAGCAACAUCUUCAGUAUUGCAGAGACCCGUUGAAUCUGAGUCCAAGAGGGAGGAUGAUGAUGAUGAUGAUGAACAGCGUAGGGCCGGACGGAAGGCCAUUGUACAGGCCCCCUCCUCAGCCUAUAAAUACUACUAAGCUCUACAGAGGGGUGAGGCAACGUCAUUGGGGAAAAUGGGUCGCUGAGAUUCGUCUUCCUCGCAACAGGACUCGCCUCUGGCUGGGAACAUUCGACACAGCUGAAGAUGCCGCCUUGGCUUAUGAUCGCGAGGCCUUUAAGUUGAGAGGAGAGAAUGCUAGGCUCAAUUUCCCCGAGCUUUUCCUCAAUAAGGACAAGCCAUCCUCAACAGUCCCAGAUUCAUCUGCUUCUUCUCCCUCCACUCGUCAACAAGGUUCAACGUCGAAGCAAACUAACUCUGCUCCAGAAGGUUUUACUGCGGAAGCUCCGAUUGCAGAGGAGAAGCCUUCGCGACCGCCACCGGAAGAGAGCACCGACAAUGAUUCUGGAAUAGGGUCAAGUGAAGCUACAAUGAGCGACGAAGUACAGGCUGCGUCUAAUGCUGGAACAGGGGAGGGAACUUCGGCGUCGCAAGAACUGGUCUGGGGAGAAAUGGCGGCUUGGUUCAAUGCAAUUCCAGCGGGUUGGGGUCCCGGUAGCCCUGUGUGGGAUGAUUUGGACACAUUUCAGUCGCAACUUGCCUUUUUCAAUCCCAAUCACCAAGAAUCUAAUAAUGCAGAUACUCACAUGCAGCAAGAAGAUAUUACAGGACCAUCAGAUUCUUCCACUUCCUCCUCUUGUCCCGUGAAACCCUUCUUCUGGAAAGGUCAAGAUUGAAACUUCCACCCUAAAAAAUUUUAUUUUUGACAAGUCAGUGCUCUCACCCUUCAUUUUCCCUACUAAAUUCUUUCUGCAUAGGUUUCUCCUUGGGAUUCCUACUGGUUGUGAAUAUUUAAACCACACAACCUGUGAAUCCCAGAGCACUGAAUAUCUCCUUCAACUUCAUUUCUGGACUUGUGCUGUGAUCAGGGUUCAUGUUAUCCAUGAGCUUCCACUGGCAGCAGCAUCGCUGGCUCAUACUCCGUGGGCCUCUGAUC